GUCAUGGCUACCAACUCGAUUAAGCUCCUGACUGGCAGCAGCCAUCCUCAGCUGGCUGAGCUGGUCGCUAGCCGUACUCCAACAAUGAGUCCAGCAUCAGCAUCGGCGAGUCUGUCCGUGACGAGGAUGUCCACUGCCCCUGGCGACAUCAACGACGGUGUCAUGGAGCUGCUCAUCAUGAUUAACGCCUGCAAAACUGCCUCUGCCCGCCGCAUCACCGCCGUCCUUCCCAAUUUCCCCUACGCUCGCCAGGACAAGAAGGACAAAUCUCGCGCCCCCAUCACUGCUCGUUUGAUGGCUAACAUGCUUCAAACUGCUGGCUGCAACCACGUCAUCACCAUGGAUCUCCACGCCUCGCAGAUUCAGGGCUUCUUCAACGUCCCCGUCGACAACCUCUACGCCGAGCCCAGCACCCUGCGCUGGAUCCGCGACAACCUCAAGGUCCAGGACUGUGUCAUUGUCUCUCCCGACGCUGGCGGUGCCAAGAGAGCUACUUCGAUCGCUGACGGCCUCGACCUUGGCUUCGCCCUUAUCCACAAGGAGCGCGCUCGCCCUAACGAGGUCUCUCGUAUGGUUCUGGUCGGUGACGUUCGCGGCAAGGUAGCCAUCAUCGUCGACGACAUGGCCGACACUUGCGGCACUCUCUGCAAGGCCGCCGAAGUGGUCAUCGAGCACGGCGCCAGCAGCGCCAUCGCCAUCGUCACCCACGGCAUCCUCUCUGGCAACGCUAUAGAACAGCUUAACAAGUCGAAGCUGACCAAACUCGUUGUCACCAACACCGUUCCCCACGAGGAGAAGAAGGCCCUGUGCGACCGCAUCGAGACCAUCGACAUCUCGCCUACUGUCAAAUGUACUGACACUCACGACUACAGCNUCGCCGAAGCCUGCCGUCGUACUCACAACGGCGAGUCCGUCUCGUUCCUCUUCAAGCACGCUCCCGUCGACUAG